AUGGAUAAUACUCAAGAACUUCUAUCAACGUCAGUGACUUCAAUUAAUAAUGCAACUAGUUCUGGCAUAAAUAAUCGGGCGAAAAAAAAAAGAAAAUACCUUAAUCCGUUUAAAUCCGCAUUACUUCAACCUUUUGAUUCCUUAAAUAAUGAAAAUAUUGAUCCUGACAAGGCAUUUUUACUUUCUAUUUUACCGGAUUAUAAAAGCUUAGAUCAAUCAAAGAAAAUAGAUUUUCGUCAAUACGUUCAGACUUUUUUUAAAAAUCAAAACUCCUUUACUCAACAAAACACACAUCCGCCACAGCUAAAUCAAAAUUAUUCAAAACUGGUAUAUAACCAGCUACAUCAUCAACCAUCAUAA